CUCAAGAAGUUCAUAAGAACUCCAGAGAUCCCUUCAAAGCAUGUGAGAAACUGGGUCCCCAGGGUUCUGGAGCAGCGACGGCAAGGCUUGGAGUUGUACUUGCAGACAGUCAUUUUAGAAAACGAAGAGCUCCCUAAAAUAUUUCUUGAUUUCCUGAAUGUUCGCCAUGUACCUGCCUUGCCAAAAGCAGAAAGCUGUGGCUCUUUUGAUGAAACAGAAUCUGAAGAAUCAAGCAAACUGUCCCACCAGCCUGUGCUGCUGUUCCUAAGGGAUCCAUAUGUCUUGCCUAAAGCCAACGAUGACUUUCCAAACGUAGUUAUAGAAGGCAUUCUACAUGGAAUAUUUUAUCCUCAUUUACUGCCCAGGUAGAAGUGAUGCGUGGCUAGAAGAAGCUGAAGCAAGUCCCUGAGUCAUGGUUAAUGGAAUUAACAGGAAUAAAAUUCUGUCAUGUGAAAAUUACGCUCAGAAGCGAGAGGCACAACCUCAGUUUUAGUUCAAGCAUUCUCUCUUUUUAAAUAAAAUCAAUGUCACUACAAUUGCUGCUUUUAAAAAAAAAUAUGGAAACAACAGUAUUGAAGUUAUUUAUACCUUCUCUAUAUUAACAUGCUCUACCUAUUUAACACUAAAAGCUGAAAGUCAUACACUGAAUUACACUAACCUUUAAAAAGAAUUGAAAGCUUUUCUAAUUAUUUCUGUAAUUUCUAUUACAAUCACACUAAACUUUUUUGCACCAGGAUUUUUCCCAGCGCAUUACCCAUUGCUGGCAGUGGAUAGAUUGAAAGUGCUG